CGUCCAUAAUGCCACCCUACCCUCCGACCCUCCGACCCGGUCAGCUAGAACAAUAUCUCCAGCGCAUCAAAUAUGACGACGACGGAGCCCCUCAGACGGACAACAGUCACCCGCGCUUAACGAAAUUGCAAACGGCCAUCGAGAAUGACCCCUUGACAGCCCUCGCUGCAUUGCAACGGCGCCAUCUCGGCUCCAUUACCUGGGGAAACACCGCCCUGCACUACUCGACCCACCAUUCCAUCUCCAUCCAUCCAUCCUCCGUCUUCGAGAAGCUCGUUGUCCGUGGCCAUGAUGGAUACUGCAUGGAGAAUACGAAUCUCCUGUAUCUGGUUAUGCGCUCCCUGGGCUACAAUGUGUAUCCGACCGGGGGCCGAGUGAGCCGUGCAGUCGUCAAGGGGGAUCCUGCUGAGCAAGGGUAUAUCUCUUUAAGCCACAUGGUUCUUAUUGUGACCAUCGCCGACCAAAAGUACAUGGUCGACGUUGGUCUGGGCCGGAAUACCCCUACCAGCCCGCUUCUUCUACAGGAGGGUCCCGCGCAACCCUUGAUUUUGCCGAGCGAAAUGUCCUUGAUCAAGCGGCCCCUCGCCGAGUUCGUGGACCAGACACAGACGGUCUGGAUUUACCAGGCGCGCAACGACCCACAGAGCCCCUGGAUCGCACAAUACUCGUUCUCCGAAGUGGAAUUCCUCUUCCAGGAUUUUGGCAUGAUGAACUUCUUUACAAGCACCAGUCGGUCGAUCUUGUUUACGCAGAAACUCGCUUGUACCCGUGUCAUCCUGGACGAGAAUGGCGUCGAACCGGCUGGGAUCUAUAUACUUGCUGGGAAAGAGGUCAAGAGGGUGCUGCGGGGAAAGACCGAGACGGUCCAGGUAUUGAAUACAGAAGAGGAUAGGGUGCGUGCGUUGGAGAAAUACUUUGAUAUGCAUUUUCACGAGCACGAGGUCGAGGGAGUUCGCGGGCUGUCUUCUGAGAUUCGAUCUCGGUAG